UUCAAACUAUUGCCACUCAUUGCUGCUCCUUCAUUUUAAAGGAACCAAAUCAAUCUCAAUAAAGAAAAAAAUCUUCCACAUUUCUGGACUUCAAGCAAUGAUAGGUUUGAGCCUUGUAUACGGAAGGAAUGGUUUGUUUAGAUUCCUUAUACUAUUUAAACCAUGUGUCAUUUUCUUCAAAGCAGAAGCAGUCGAAGCUGUUUUGAGCAGUUCAGAGAUUAUUAAUAAAAGCGCGGAAUAUUCACUCUUGCGGCCAGCGAUUGGUAAUGGACUCGUAACAAGCUUUGGGACAGACUGGAGAAAACAAAGAAAGCUAUUAACGCCAACAUUUCACUUCUCGAUUCUGGAUGAUUGCAUACCUAUAUUCCAAAAACAAGCUAAAGUUCUGAUUUCAACUAUAAAAUCUCGUGUUCAUGAACCUUGGAUCGAUAUAGCACCUUUGUCACAUUUGUGCGCUUUGGAUAUUAUUUGUGAAACUGCCAUGGGUGUCACUAUGAAUUUCCAAAUAGGAGGAAAUUGUGAUUACUCAAACGCUCUUCAUGAAAUCGAGGGGGCAGUUAUGUAUCGAGCAUUGCGCCCGUGGCUGUAUCCUGAUAUAAUUUUCAAUUUGACAACAGUUGGUAAGAAGUUCAAGUCUAAUGUUCGUCUUUUCCGUGGCUUUAGCAAAAAGGGACAAGAUACUACAGCUGCUGCUGUGAGUUGGACUUUGUAUUGUUUAGGAAUAUACCCAGAAGUCCAAAAACAAGUCCAUGAAGAGUUGGAUGUAAUUUUCGGAGACGAAAAAAACAUGGAUAUCUCACGAGAAAUCCUGUCAUACAUGAGAUAUCUCGAAUGUGUUAUCAAGGAGACACUGAGGCUACAUCCUGUGAUACCUUUGAAUCACACGGUGGAGAAAGGUACUAUCUGCAUUAUUUUAUUUCCGGCCUUACAUCGAGAUCCAGAAGUGUUUCCUGAUCCAGAGAAAUUCGAUUCCGAUCGCUUUCUUCCUGAAAACUGUGUAGGAAGACACCCUUAUGCUUAUACUCCAUUUUCUGCAGGACCUAGGAACUGCAUAGGUCAAAAAUUUGCGAUGAUGGAAGCGAAAACUAUUCUAGCUUGCAUUCUGGCUCACUUUCGUGUUAAAUCCUUGGAUACCCAGGAUAAAGUACUCUUUUACCCCAAUAUCACUCUUCGAAAUGUUUAUCCUAUGCGUCUGAGCUUUGAGCUCAGAUAA